AAGUUUUAUUAGUUGUGGAAUAUCCCAAUAUUAAUUUAAUUUCCUUAAUUAAUCCGAUUAUUAAUUAAAUAUCCUUAAUUAAUCCGUCUAGGUACAGCAGAAGAAGCCCAACCUACAACUGCAACAACAAUGUCCAUUAAUUUUCUCCACCCACGAUUGUCACAGUUGAAGGCAUUCAUUCCUCACGCGCCACCGCCUUAAUUACCCCCUUCACUCUUCUCCUUAAAUUAAUCCAUUUCUAGGGUUUCGAUUUUAUCUUCUCCACCCUUCUCCGUAACCAAUAAAUAGUGGAAUUAGACAGACAAAGAUCAUACCUUUUUUAUAUAUAAAAAUCAAUCAUCUUCCUCGAUAUUUCUUCGGUUCAAACAAUGGCUUUUUUAUUCAUUUGAAAUGACCGUACAAUUCCCAAACCUUGAAGAAGGGGUUUUGCGCAGAAAUUGCUCCUGGAAUCCGAAUGUUCUUUGAUUCGGUUCUGUUUUUCAGUUUUCACCAUGCCUUUCCCAUGGAAGAAGGUGAAAAGCACAAGAAUUUCCCAAUUUGUGAACGAUCACCUCCACAACUCUCAGCGGCGGCGCGACGGCUCCUCCCUUUUCGUCGAAACUGGGUUUCCAACUUCUCUGGUUGAUCUCUUCAUUAAAAACCGCCAAAAAUUAAAAAAAUCAUCCAAGAAAAAGCAUCAAAUUCCCCCAAUUUCACCCCUCAAUGACGAAAGUGUCCCGAUUACGGCCGGAUCGCCGACCCCUUUUCCGUCACCUUCGCGGCAGAUAGUUACAGGAUCACAUUCCCCUGUUCAUAUGCAUUCCCCUUUGCACUGUCCUUCACCCUUAAGAAGUCCGUUACAUUCGCCUCCGCCUUCCGUUAAUAGAAUCCUUGUCGUGGAUGAGAGGGACCAAAUCGCCGAAAGGGGAUUGGAUGCGAAUACGGUUUUAUUAGUGGUUUUUAAGAUGUUUUUGGUGGUGAUUUUGGCGCUGUGUACGAAAAAAUUGACUGUUGGGAUUACCAUGUCAGCUUUGUUGUUGUUCUUACUAGAGUAUAUCGGUAAACAUGUCGGUGGAUUGUUGAAGCCGUUGAAGUCGAUUGUGCAGAGUGUUCGGAGAUUAUUGAGAUUUAAGGAUGUUAAGUUAGAUGAGAAUAAAGGUGUGGUCUUGAUUCCUGGUUGUUCUUCUUCUUUGGAGAGCUAUGGAUCGAAAUCUCUUGAUCAAGAAAUUCAAGUUGUUGAAUCAGAGGAUUAUUUUGCGACACGUGUGGAUGAAAUUCAACCCGAGGGCGAGGUAGUUGACGGGUCCUGUUUUAACGUUCGAUUGGAAUAUAGAGAAAUCAAAUUGCAGGAGGCGGGGGCGGUGGUGGUGGAGGAGGAGAAAGAAGAGUCUGUUUAUAAAGUGGCUGCGGAAUUCAAGAGGAAAUCACGUGGAGCUAAGAUAAAAUCAAAGAUGAAGAACUUAUUUCCGAAAAAAUCAAGGAAAGAAGGCGGAUCUCAAAAGCACGAAGACAGUGCUUCGUUGUGCGACGAAUCGCAAAAGCAUGAAGACAGUACUUGGUUGUGCGAUGAAGUGGCGGAAUCAGAGAGUGCUAGCGAAUCAUCAUCCGUUUCGAGCCGUAAAUACAAGGAGGAAGAUGGCAUGAUGCGCAGCACCAUUUAUGAUUCCAGUGCAGGAUUCUCGGAAAUCAGUGAAGAAGUAGGCGUAAAACACGAUGAACAAAUUGAAAGUGGAACAAGUUGGAAAUAUUUGAUACUCGGUGUUAUUGUUCUUGUAGGACUGAUCGGAGGACGAACGUUUGCGCUUCUGCUAACGUUAUCGUGGCUACUGCUAUUGAAAUUUAGUAAAACGAUGCCAAUGUACACGAACGUCGUUCCUACUAGUACCGUGUCUUUUAGCGAUAAAAAAUCCAUUUAAUUACUUCGUGUUUUUCGCUUCUUGUGAAUUACUCUUUCACCUCAGAUUGUGUGUGUUAUUAAGGUUAUAGAGAUAUACAGGGUGUUCCUUUUUUUUUUUUUUUAUAAAUAUUUUCUUUGUACUUUAACAUGUAAAUUUAUAGAUCAAGUCAUAUUUAAUAUUUAGUAUUGAAAAAAAACAGAGUUUCUGCAUUUAUUUUACUCAU